GCACCAUUGGGACAGUCCCCGACGUUGCCUCCUCGAUCACCUUUUCUGCAAUCUUCUCCAAACGCGCAAUUUCGUAUUACUGCUUCCAACAACGACGUGCAUCCGCGAUACCUUAACGGUAAUCAUCACAUGGGCAGUGGUCUAGCUCACCAGGGUAUGGCUCAUUCGCCCGCAUAUCUUUCACCUUUUGCAGGGAGUAUUCAUUCUUUCGUACUCGACUCGAUAAUCUUGCCACUGUGGCCAAUGACUUCAACAACCAGUUCUCUGGAUUUGAAAACGCGUAUACUCCCGCUAUUCCAGCUCACAUAAGUCAUUUUCUAGCAUCUCCUGGCUCUGGUGCUGCAGUUACGCCAUUGCAGGCCCAAGAUUGGCUCCGAGCUAGCCCGGGACAACAGUCGCAUGACUUCCAUGGCAGAUACUCAAGUCAGUCGUGGAACAUGCAUAUGCUUGUACCUCCAGGAAACCGUGCAAUUGGCUCCAUGGAUACACAAGAUAGGCAAACAGCUUUUGCUGAUUCGAAAACGAUGCCGGAUCCGCUUGGUGCUGUCCACAACGACACAAUGACGAGACCGACUUUUCCUCAUCCUUCCACUGACCAACAACGUUUGACGUCUACCAACGCACUUUCUGGCCUCAGUGGCUACGGUCUGAACGGUGGACCUGACAGUAAGGCAGACGAUUCACAGCGCACGAUUCCUCCGGUCAUCAAUCCCAUGAGUGCUUUCGACGUCUCUGCAUCAAAUGCCACCUGCUCUCCGGCACCGACGGCAGCUGCCGAGUCGACUACUCCAUCCAAGCGCCUGCUGCUACCACCUCCUCCACCUCCCUUACUGGAGUUUCACGAUGUUCAACCGAUACUUGCUUCAUCUUCGCUCAAUCAGAAAGAUUCUCAAGCCGCUGCAGAUCUAGGUGACUUUGAAAAUAGUCAAUCAAGCGGAGAUGGUGAGCUACUGCCGCAUCAAAGUGCAGAAACCACUGGUGAAUUAAGUGUUGCAGCGGUCGAAAAUAGCACCAGUGGCACGACUAUAGAUGAAGGCCGCACGAUAACAGCUCCGGGGACACCAGUUGCUGAGGCCUUAGGCUCCUGACGGAAUUUUCACAAAAUACCUUCUCAAUUCAUCCAUUGUUAUCUCCUAAGCAGCAUUUGCACUCUGAGGAUCUGCCAAACCUUCCGUAACAUUGGCAGGAGGAAUCAAAUGAUUUCUGUGGUAGACGGCGCUACUGCGUGUCUUAGAGCAAGAAGUGUUGGGAAGUGGAGGGUUUCAGCAUUUGUCGCCGUGGGCCCGGGCAUCUUUGAGAACUUAUGUAGAUUCAUAUUUCAUUCUACAUUAAAAGCUGGGUCUAAGCAUUUAUGCGGUGAACAUUUGUAGUUAACGGAUAUUAUCAUAGCGUUAUGAAUCUUAGACUUUGUCGUUGCGAA